AUGGAAAGCAACAGAUUUACGAGGGGCCAAAUGGUAACGCUAAAGACCAUCCAGAAUGAUGACUUUUGGAACAAUCCCUGGGAUGUGGGGGGCCUGAUAGUGGUUGGCUUAUUCACCUCCACAUUCCUGUUCUUCAUCGUAUUUGCCAUUGUGUUUGGAUUUGUGGAAAAGACUCUGUGCAGAGAGGACUGA